GGAUCGCUUCCGUUACGACAAGCGCCAUUUUGUGGCUAUUUUGUUGCUUCAAAUUAAAAUGUAAACCCAUGUGUAAAGACAUUGCCUUAGGCUUUAAUCGACUAUUACUCGAAUAAAAGAUGUUUCAUUGGAAGUUUCUGAAAUGAUGAAAUCAUAUUUAAACUGAGAUCUUUAUUGAAAAGAAAAUGGAUGACUCUGGAGGAGUGCUUACCAUUCCAAUGCAACCUAUGCAGCCACCCCAAGGGUUUCAAACAUUCCAGAGGCCAAAUGCUCGGACAUUUCAGAGAAGAGGUCCACCCUCAGACGCUAAAGGCGGAGCUCAGGAUGGGGAUACCUCAACAGGGCCUGUCAUGUUUGAUGGGAAACGAAUGCGAAAAGCAGUUCAUAGAAAAACAGUCGACUACAACUCUGCUGUUGUUCAGUAUUUAGAGAACAGAGUUUGGCAGAGAGAUUACAGAGAUAUGAGAGCCAUCCAGCCAGACUCCUUAUACCAAAUUGAUAUCCCACCACCUAUUGCCAUGAUAAAUAACUCAAUGAAUUGUGUAACCACAAAAUUUAUUAGAGCAUCUACCAAUAAAUUUAGAUGUCCGAUUUUUUGUCUGGCUUGGACGCCUGAAGGCAGAAGAUUGGUAACUGGUGCUUCUAGUGGAGAAUUCACUCUUUGGAAUGGUCUGACUUUCAAUUUUGAAACUAUUCUCCAGGCUCACGAUACGUCAUGUAGAGCCAUGCAGUGGAGCCACAAUGACAAUUGGAUGGUGACAGCUGACCAUUUUGGCUACAUUAAGUAUUGGCAGUCCAACAUGAACAACGUCAAAAUGUACCAAGGGCAUAAGGAACCAAUCCGAGGGAUAAGUUUUUGCCCAUCGGAUAGUAAAUUUGCCACUUGUUCUGACGAUGGAACAGUUCGAAUUUGGGACUUCAUGAAAUGUCACGAAGAAAAAAUUCUUAGAGGACAUGGAUCUGAUGUUAAGUGUGUGGACUGGCACCCACAAAAAAGUUUAUUAGCGUCCGGAAGUAAAGACAACCAGCAACCAAUCAAAUUAUGGGAUCCUAAAUCGGGAACAAGCCUGGCCACAAUUCAUGCUCACAAAGCCACCGUCAUGGAACUGAAAUGGAACAAGAAUGGAAACUGGCUACUGACAGCUUCAAGAGACCAUCUGCUCAAAGUGUUUGAUAUCCGUAACAUGAAAGAAGAAAUUCAGACAUUUAAAGGCCACAAAAAAGAAGCCACAGCUGUAGCCUGGCACCCCAUACAUGAGGGUUUAUUUGUGAGUGGUGGAUCCGAUGGAGCGGUAAUGUUCUGGAACAUGGGCCUUGAUAGAGAGGUCGGAUCAAUGGAAGAGGCUCAUGAAGGAAUGGUGUGGAGUCUUGCCUGGCAUCCAAUGGGCCAUAUUUUGGCAACUGGAUCAAAUGACCACUCCACAAAAUUCUGGACACGGAACAGACCAGGGGACAGAAUGAGAGACAGAUAUAAUCUGAAUACAUUACCCGGAGGCUCUGAGCAUGAACUGGCUGAGUUUGAUCCUGAUGCCACAGCUGGCCCACUGAUUCCAGGAAUGGGUCAAAUUCCCUGUGGACCAGUUUUAGCCAGCAAAGAAGAAGAAAAAGAAGAAGAGGAUGAUCUGCCAGCUAUUCCUGGUUUGGACUGGUCAGCUGAUGAAAGCUUUUUCAAGCAACAAGAGCAGCCAAAAAUACCCAUCAAAAAGAUCCCUUAUGCUAAGCCCAUCCCAUGGGACUUUGAAAGGGCUUGGAUGACCAACAAGUUACCUAAUGCAGAAAAAGAAGACCCUAAACGACGUCGAGAUAAGGAUUGGGAAAAAGACAACAACAACAGGAAGGACAGACAUGUGAGAGGAAAAGAUCGAGACAGGAGGGAGGAUGAAGAUUGGCAGGAAGAGGAGUACGGUGAGGAGGUGAUGACCCCAAAUACUAACUUUGACAACAGGUCAAACCUUGGUCAAGGACCCAUGGCUGGGAUGAAGGGUAACAUGCCACCAGGGGAUCCAAAUCAAGGGAGAGGCCAAUUCAACCAAGGACCAAUGCGACAGAGAGAUGGAAUGGGUAAUAGUGCUCCCCCAGGGAAUAUGAAUAUGCCUCCAAAUACCAUGGGUCCAAAAUUCAGGAAUGAUAGCAUGAAUUCUGGUGGUAUGAUGCCAGGUAACAUGGGUCCUGGUGGAAGGAAUGCACCACCUGGAAAUUUUGGAAACAUAAACUCUGGCAAUUUUGGAGGAAUGAAUAACAUGCCGUUUCCAGGUCCUGACCAAAGAAAUGUGGGUCCUCCUGGACCAAUGAAUAAUCCACCAAGAUUUCAAGGAAAUCAAGGAGGACAGUUUGGUCCAGAUUCAUUCCAAGGCAUGAACAACAUGCAGGGAAAUCAGUGGCGACCAAACAGAAAUCAACCAGAAAACUUUGGUGGACAGGAGAAUUUUCAAGGAGAUAACGACUAUCGCACUGAUGUUGACUUUCGACAGGACAACAAAACUCCACAGAGUUUCCGGGGUGGAAGAGGUGGAAGAUUCCAAAACAGGGGUGACCAGGAUGAACAUUGGAAUGAUGGCCCUGGGCCUCAGUGGAGAAACGACAGUAACAUGCAAGACAACUGGGGACAGCAAGGCAGCGGAAACUUUAACAUGGAGAGUGAACCUAUGUAUGAUCAGAACUUUGGUGGAAACAUGGGUGGCGGUAGGGGUGGAAGAGGACGAGGAAGGGGAGGGUGGAAUGACAGAGGGGGAGGAGGGGCUCGUGGAAACAGGAAUGAUGGGAAUUUUAAUCCACAGGACUCAUUCAAUCGCAAGAGAAAUUGGAACCAAGGACCAGGUGAUAGUGACUUUAAUAAUGGACCACGUAACAGUGGGUUUAAUGGAGGUGGUGGUGGUUCUCAAGGAGGCUGGCCUGAUGAGCACAACCCAGGGGGAAGAGGGAGGGGAAGGGGGAACAGGGGAAACAGGGGCUUUAGAGGGGGACGCAGGGGAAUGUCAUAGCAUUGUGUUGAUCUCAAUAUUUUCAUUUCAUUUUGUCAGUCAUGUUUUUUUGUCAGAUUUUUAUUUGGUCAUUUGUUACUUAGAAAUUGCGCAUGUGUUUACCUGACAAUUGAUAAAACUGUGCCACUUUGUCAUGAGCUGCAGGCUGUGUAUUGAAUAUUUCCAAGAACAGUUACCAAAUGAUUAGAGAAUAUACAUGCAGGAGAAUGCAUUAUGGAGGUACACAAACUUAAAAAAUGUUUUUUACCUUCUAACAGAGCGGAGUGCCUUGAAGUUUUUCAUUUUUCUCAUUUUUGGGGGAUACUAGAGUACAGCAUAUGAUUAAAAAGGAGUCAUUUUCCUUUCUCAUAAUUGAAUCAUCAUACAUGUUUUUCAGGCAAUUUCAUCCUGCAUGAUAACUUCUGUAACUUCAGCCAACAUUUAGUGCAGUGGCAAGGAUAAUUCUUUUCUUUGCACACAUAGUAAGAUUGAACUAUUGUACAAUAUACAUUUAAGAGAAUCUAAAAUAAAUAAAACAUGACAAAACAUGCAA